GAAGCGCAGGGGGUGAGUCACAGGGAAGCCACUGUGCCUGCCUGUGCACACCUGAUACUUUACCUGCCCGAGCUCAGACACAGCAUCUCAUUAUCUCGCCAAUACAAUCCAUAACUGAGGCUCAUUGUCUCCUACAAACUGCAGCAGUCAACUCCAGCCUCAGUACCUUCCUCGACUCAAAGAGAAGGAGCCAUGGCCGUGGCUAAUUUCCAAUACAUUACUCGGAUGAGCAGUGGCUUCAAGGUCUACAUACUGGAAGGUCAAUCCCACCUUAGAGGUGAAGAUAGAUACAGACACAUGGCCAGUGACCGGGUGAGAGCCCCAGCUGUGUAUCCCAUCAAACGCAAACGGAGCCAUGAGAGAGGUCUAACUCUGGAGGAAAGGCGUGAGCGGGCAAUAAGCAGAAGCCUUGGUAAGAUGGCCCAAAGAGCAGCACCAGUACCAGCACCGGCGAGUUUGAGCAGCCAGCAAAGUCCCACAUCAACCCUGAGUCCAACACCCAGCCCCACCAGCCCUCUGCCCACCCAUGUGUACUACACACCAGUCAUGGAUGAACCUCUGGACCUUAUCAAGAAACCCCGGAAGGACCCUGAGAGCACAGACGAGAAGACUAAAAACUCGACUUCCAGCCACAUCCAGAUGCGUCCCUCUGUGAUCACCUGUGUGCCCUCACUAAGAACCCCCUCCAGCAGAUCUGAGGUCCACAGAAGCCAUUCAUCAGUGGAUUCAAAGGGCAACUAUGACCAUGUCCUCGAGGAGCAUUUCCAGAGAAGCCUUGGAGCGAAGUACCAGCAACCCCACUCCCACCAUCUCUCCAUCAGCGUGUCCGUCGAUGACCACUUUGCCAAGGCUUUGGGAGACAAGUGGCACCAGAUCAAAUCCAAAUCUUCCUCCUGUUCCUCCACACCUCCCAGCAGUCCAAGUGUCACCCACUCCCCAGUCUACAGCCACAGCCCCAACGCACGCCACAAAGAGUCCACCAGCAGCUCGUCGUCAACCUCCAGCCACUGGUCCGUCAAUUAAAGCUGAGAUGACCACCGAUCCACAUGGAAAAACUUGACUGGUGACUUUUUACAUUUCAUUUGGAAUCAGCUCUGGCUGCACAUGCGACAGAAAAGCCAGCUUUAGUGUUGAGAGCAUGCUAACAUGCAGAAAUUCUGCCACUGUGGACAUGUGUGCCUCUAAACCUAACUCACAAUGGUGCAAAAAAUGUAGCUUUGAGUGGGUCUUCGAUGUUUUGUUACAUUUAUAUUCUCUGCUUAGCAUCUGAAUACUCAACAUACUGUAGAUGGUAAAUAUGGGAUGAUAAAAAAAUCAGACAAAUAAUCCUUUACAUUUCUUUGAUUUUGUGUCAUUCUUAUAAUACUGUCUGAAAGUCACAAUUUCAUUGUAUUAUAUUUAUAUUCCGAUACAUCUGGGUUCUUUAAAGUCUAAAUGAGUAGACUUUCUGCUUUGUAAGAUAAAGCUUAUAAACUUUUUCCAAAGACUGAGUUUUGAAAAGAU